AUGCACCGUGCGUUCUCCUUCCCUGUGACUGUGGAGCGCAGUCGGACCAAGGAGCGCCUGGAGGCGAGUCUGGCCGGGCUGUGCGAGCUGGAGCUCCGCAAGCAGAGGCAGGAGUGCCUGGUGCUGGGGGCGCUGGCCCUGGGAGACCCCCUGCCCCAAGACAGCGCCAGAGGAGACCUGGCGUGUUUCAGCAGCUGGGGGCAGGAGAACUUGACACUGAGGCGUCAGCUGAGUGCCCUUCAGAGUUCCCCAUGGGGCCUGAUGCAAGCGCUGGAGCAGCAGGCGGGAGAGCUGAGGAUCGACACUGACGACGGCUGCUAUGACGGAGCUGAAGGAAACGCAGGCGACAGUCGGCCGAGUUCGGGUUUCUAUGAGUUGAGUGAGGGUCAGUCGCCAAAAGGAAGAACUUGUUCCACUGAGCCCACAGAGACCGUUUCCUCCUGGGCUUCCACCAAUGACAGGCCAAAGUCUGUGGGUGACCCCCUCAUGCCGAAUGGAGAACUGGAUGUGCCAGUCCUACGCACCACACUACCCCGCUCAUUCUCCGCCCCUUACCCGCCUCUGGAGGGCAUCGCUGAAGAGGGCGCAGCAGCGGACUCCUGGCAGUGGGACCCCAGCGGAGCCAACCAAGCCUUGCAGCAGCCUGCGGAGGAUCACUUCACUGAGGAGGACUACCAGCAGGCCUUGAGGGUGGAGGGUUACAUCCUAAAUCUCAUCCAGCGCCAUACCCUCGCACCACGGCCGUGUCAGCCUCGCACAACCCUGAGCCCCGACCCCCCAUACUGCUGUGCCUCCGGACACAGCUCCCUACACAGGGGAACUCCCUCUCUGACCACAGAGCAGCGCCUUCCUGACCCCCAUCUCCAGCCCCACGUUGACCUUUCAACAAACCCUAAGAGCCACGGUUGGGGUUGUGACCUGCUGGAGGGGGAGGCCUGUGGAGGAGAGGCCCCAUCUUUGGAGGAGGACUGUUAUCUGGCUCUGCCCUACCCCCAGCCCAGGCCACACUCCCUGACUGAGAGGCUACCAUCACCUCUGCCCUCCCUGGACCCCAACUGUGGUGUUGGGGCUCUUGACCUUUGUUGCAAACCUCCAUCCCCCCAGCAUUACUUACAUCCACAACCUCCUAUUCAUCACAAACACAAUUUAGUAAGUGCUCAAUACAUCCCUGGACAAGGCUGCCAUGCCCCCGUGCGCUCCCCCAGACACUACAAACCAGAGCAGCCUAAGCCCAACCGAGCUGUCACCUCUCCUGACCACCCGAACUCCAAGUCCAGAACCUCAAAGAAGAGCCACAACGAGCGCCAGAGAGCCAAGAAAUCAAGCAGUAAAACCAGCCGAUCCCAGUCUGAAAACAGCCUCUUGGGCCAGCGAGUGCUGCCUGAGCGCAGGUACAGCACCACGGAGAGGCACCAAGGCAGAGGGGAUCACGCUCAGAACCAAGGCCAAGCUACUGGGCCACACCUGGGCAACAACAGCCACAACGGGAGCCGGCGUUGGUGCUCCAACCUGGAGCUCAGCCAGGACGAGGGGGAGACCCUAGCAGGGCAGGCGCAAAGACGGCCACCCCGGAAAGCUCGCCACGGUCACUCUUGUCCCCAUUCCCAACCCCAGAACUACCACCAGCAGCAGCAGCACGCCCAGCGCUGGCACCAGGACUGUCAGGAGAGGGCCCCUCUCUGUCAGGGAGAGGAGGGCUACGCUGGUGCCGCCCCCGCAGAGUCCGAGUCCAGCAUGAGUGAGGUGUACUCCCCAGUCUCCAGCUCACUGUCCAGUGACUCGGAUGAGAGUGGGGGGCUGGUGUGGCCCCAGCAGCUGCCACCACGCCUCGCCUCUACCUCCUCCUCUUCCUCACCGUCACCACAGGCCACUGCCAGCGCCCCCUCUCAGCCAAAAGCCUUUGUCAAGAUCAAAGCCUCCCAUGCUCUCAAAAAGAAGAUCCUGAGAUUCCGCUCAGGGUCCCUCAAAGUCAUGACUACCGUGUGA